AUGCCGGAAGGAAGGGAGGCAGGAGAGAGCACCGUAGGGGAGGGAGGUAGAAGAGAGCACCGGAGUGGAGGGAGGCAGGAGAGAGCACCAGAGGGGAGGGAGGCAGGAGAGAACACCGGAGAGGAGGGGGAGAGGAGAGAGAGUGCCGGAGGGAAGGGAGGCAGGAGAGAGUGCCGGAAGGAAGGAGAGGGAGGCAGGAGAGAGUGCCGGAGAGAAGGGAAGCAGGAGAGAGCGACGGAGAGGAGGGAGGCAGGAGAGAGCACCGGAGGGGAGAGAGGCAGUAGAGAGCACCGGAGGGAAGGGAGGUAG